AAAAAAAAAAAGAAAAAACGAUAUCACACUUAUCGUGCGAAGUCAUUGAUCGAUCAUUCGAUUUUAACGUAUUAAUGAGAUUUUUUUGUAUGUAUUCGACGAGGUUACUUUCAACUUCCUUGUCCAGACUCCAGGAAGGUAUACGACCUCCCGGAAUGAUUUCUGGAAUUGCCGACUCUUCCGUAACGUGCGACGAACUGGACCACGAGGCCGUGUUGGAUACCGUUAAGCAGAGAACAAGCAAAAAACGAGUCCAAAGCGGCCGUACACGUUCCUUCUUCUCGUCAUGCUCAUUACGACUUUAAAUCAUUUUCGUUCACAUUCUCAUUCAUUCUAUUCAUUCGUUUGAUAAUAUUGAUAACAGAUUAUAUAGAUCCUUUGUUUCUUUUCUUUCUUUUUUUUUUUCUGACUAACAAUUAGAUUCAAUCGGUAUUGGAUAAAGAAGUUCUCUUUUUGUUAGAAAUUAAAUGGACAUUUUGAUAGUAAAAAAUCAAUUGAAUAUCGAAGUGGGAUAAAGCGUUAGGAAGGUGUGCGUUAGCGUGAUAAUAUCGGGUACGUUGCCCCUCAGACUCAGAAAGACAGAACAUACGAUAGGUAUAUCUAUACAUACCUAUACAUAUGUACGUUAGCAACAUAGAUCGUGAACAUACAUAACUAUAUAAGUAUAUAUGUAUGUAAGAGAACGAAGGACAUUUUGAUGUGGCUUGUUCGUGAAAGAUGAGAUAUGCUGUAGCCUGUACCGUGAGAUGCUUUCGAUGCGAUGCUGUUGAUGUGACGUCUGAGUAAAUAAGUCUAUUCCUGGAAGUUCAAAGCUACAAACCUUUUGUGCCCUUCAAACUUCGGAUAUACUUAUUCUCUUAUAUUGGUAAACUCUUUUUCAAACGAUGACUAUACAUCUUCAAGAAGUGGUAAGAUCAGAAGUGGAAGGUGGUUUGUCAGGACCGGCUAAUCCAAUACCCAGCCAAUCGAUUGAUUGUGGAUGUAAACAAUUACCAUGUCCAAAAUUAGCAAAAUUCGCAACGAGACGUACGUUCGUUGGAUUAAUAUGUUGGAUCGGUCUUCUUCAAGCAGCUUCAUCGGCAUAUUUUAAUAUUAUUGGUUCUACGAUAGCAAGAAGAUUUCAAUUCGAUCCUUACUUGAUAGAUUGGAUAUUGGUAAUUUCGGAAUUAACACCUUUUUUUUUUGGUCUAAUCAUUGCAUAUUGGGGUGACAAAAUUCAUAGAGCAUCGUGGAUUGGUGCUUUGGUAUUAUUACAAUGUGCUGGUUAUGUGAUAUUGAUAAUACCACAUCUAACUCAUAAAAUAAGAGUUAUCGAGGAAACGUCAAAUGUCACGCAUAUGUCUCUAUACGCAGACGAUAGUCCAGAUUUAUGUUCGACCAGUGCAUCCAAGGUAAUAGUGGAAGUGGAUGACACGUGUUACUUCACUCUAGCAAUUUUAAUUUUGAUACAAAUUUUAAUUGGCUUGGCUAAUAUAGCCUAUUAUGCACUUGGCAUAUCUUAUCUCGAUGAUAAUACCAAGAAACAGCAUGUGGCGGGAUUUUUAGGUAUUAUAAUCGCAGUAAAAAUUAUCGGUAUUCUUUUGGGAUACAUCCUCGCUUGGGGUUGCCUUCGGAUAGACGCGGAGAAUUUGAAAGUUAUAGAAUCUUAUCAAGAACAAAUAGGUGCUUGGUGGCUUGGUUUUCCCAUACUCGCAAUAGCCAUGACAAUACCUGGUUUAUUUCUCUCAUGGUUUCCUAGAAGAUUACCUUCUGAGGUAGUAGAACAGGCAGCAGCUUCAAUACUCGAUCGUGCGGGUACAUUAACUCUUCGUCGACUAAAAUCAAUCGAUCAUAAAAUUGGUACUCCAAACUUUACUGCGAUGGUCGGAAGGUUGAUCUCAAACAAAUUAUUGAUAUGCAAUAUUCUUGCUUCGGCCUUUUGUGCUACUGCUCUCUUGAACUUCAUGACACACGAGAAUAUCAUUUUGGAAUCUAAAUAUCAUAUACCAAGACCUACAGGAAUGUUACUCGGAUUUGGGGAUCCCUUUCAUUCAAGAUUAAUCUCGACUAUUUUGAAACCAAUUUUAAUUGGACUGAUCAUAAUUAUAUCUGGAUUGGUAUUGUCCAAAGUUAAACCACGAGCAACAUUUAUAGCUGGUUAUAACUUUAUUAUGACAGUUUUAGCAACUAUUACAAUAUUUGCUUUGGUAUUUGCAUAUUGUGAUACGCUACCAAUUGUUGGGAUGAAUAAAGGAUCAAUCAAUUUGUUGAAAUACUGCAACAAGGAUUGUCGUUGUUCGAGGGAUUCCGAUUUUCGACCAACCUGCGACACCAGAGGCAUGUUCACUUUUUAUACGCCUUGUCACGCAGGUUGUACCUCUAUAAAUUAUAUAGACAAUAUCAAGUUCUACAGUGAUUGCAGUUGCGUCGAAGAUAUGAUGGGACAAGGAAAUCUAGAUGCUAAGGACGGUCCAUGUGGCUCCUCUAAUUGCCAAAUUGGAUGGCUAGCCUUUGAAUUUGGUACUUUGCUUUGCUACGCUUUGAUCGCUUCCACUUUCGUUGGUGAUCUAUUGAUCAAUCUCAGAUCAGUCUAUAAACAGGACAAAGCGAGUAGUAUAGGAUUCUGGAUGAUGUGGGUUGCACUUUUCGUCAAUGUACAGGGCAAGAUUCUUUAUCAAGUGAUUGCAAACAUGACAUGUAUACAUUGGGGUAAUAAAAGGAGUAUAUGUCAUCUUCACGACAGUAAAAAACUUGGAAAUUAUAUGUUCUACUUGACGACCUUGCUACUAGUUAUCUGCAUUCUUUUUAAGAUUUUGGUAUGGAUUUUCUGUAGAAAUUUAAUGAUAUAUAAUAAAUCGAUUAAUGAAAACGAGGAGGAUACGGCCCAGGAAUUGAUGCCAAUACAACAACCUACGACGAAUUCGAAUCAAAAUGAGCCUAAAUCUGAUGACAAUGGUAUCGUUACAUGUCCAGUAGGUCCCAUAACUACAGAAAGAGAAGUAUUACAAGUUACAGCUAAACCAAAAACAAAAGAAGAAGAAGAUGAUGAGGAAUCGAAACGUCCUUUAAUAUACGGUCCUUUGGGUCCUGGAAAUCAACGAAAUACCAAUAACGAAAUAUCAGUUCAACAGGAUCUUCUUAGAAAACAGAAAAAUCGAAAUCUCGAAACGGACGACGAGCUCGAUAGUUCCAGCGAUGAAAGUAAAAAAAAUUCUAGCCCGAAGAUCGCAUACAAACCAUUGGAAUUAGAUUCGGAUAUUGAAAGCGAUCUUGGAAAUACAGCAGCGAGAUCACGAAAGCAUGUUCUUAAUAAAGAUUAUGAUAUAUUUACGGAGAGAUCGAGUUCGUCGUUGAGUUCGAAAAGACGAGAAUUUCCGAAUCCAGACGAUUAUGGAGAUCCAAGAUCGAUAAGGAACGUUUCUACGAAGGAUCAUAAAGCAUAUGAGGAUGGAUCAUCUAAAACAAGUAGCUUUGAGUAUUCCAGGGCAUUCAAAAAAGGAGACUUCAAUGAAAUUGGUAUACCAAUAGUCGAAUAUCAUCCUCAAAGCUCCGGCAACUCGGCUGGAAAAGAUUCUCCAUUGUUGAAAGACGUUAAAUCGUUGAUAAAUAAAUACGAACAAAAUUCGAGCCAAGAAAGAUUGGAGGAUGAUCGAGUAUCUAUUAAAUCGGCUGGUAAGACUGGUAUACCUCUUGUUGCUAUGACUCAACCUAGACUCUCUUCUGGACAAGCCUCCUCAGGAUUUGGCAGCUUGAGGGAAAGCUCUUCCGAUCCUCGAGGAACUCCCAGUCCAAAGAACUCUUCUAUCAAGGGUAGCAAAGGGGCACUCUGUACCGAUUUGUGAAUUAUUUAUGUUUCGUGAAACCACGAGUACACAUACAUACAUACAUAUAUAAAUACAUACAUACAUACAUACACACACACACACGUACAUACGAUGGGGUCACCUUCGAUCUCUAUCGAACUCUAUUCUCUUGUCGAUAUCUUAACUUUCGUUGCUUACGAUCACUAAAUCGUAAUACGAUUAUUAUAAUUUUAUAUUUUAUAUUUAUUGUUCGAUUAAAAUUUAUUAUGACGUAAA